CUCUGAGCCCUGACUGGCGGCAUCUGCCCUCUCAUAUCCCCCUGAGCUGCCCACACCCUAGAGAGGUGGAGCCUCCAUGUCCUUUUGCAUUUGACCUGGGUGAGGGACCAGUAGCACGGUGAGUCUCUUUGGCCGAGGUGUCUGCUGCCCUCCAUGGCCCAAUGAUCCAGCAACCAAACCCUUCCUAACACCUGCUGGUCUGACAAGUAUCAGGUCGAAGCUAUCUAGAGGCCUGGUUACCCUUUCUGCGGUUUCUACUGACCACUAAGAAAAACAAAGAUUUCUAUCCUCAACCCUUUCCCUUUGGAUCCGAGACGAGGCGGUUGACGACACCAACCAUGGCUAAUAAACUGGGUCUGGCUGUGGGGGACGACACGACGUCCAUCAUGGCACUAUUGGAGCGUGUGGCGGGCAUCAUUGACAACGUGCAGACGUGUCAGACACGUAUGGAGGAGAGGCAGCUAGAAUUGGAGAACAGCGUCAAGACCAUCCAGGAGGACGUGGUGAAGCUGACGGUAAACCACGCCGCCACCAGCAGCACAGUGGACAAGCUGCUGGAGAAGACGCGGAAGGUCAGCUGCCACAUCAAGGACGUUCGGGUACGGGUGGAGAAUCAGAACAUCCGCGUCAAGAAGGUGGAAAUAACCCAGGAGGAACUGUUGGCCAAGAACAAGUUCCGGGUUGUUAUCUACCAGGGUGACAGUGAGGUGCCAGCUGUGGCAGCCGGAAAGGAACCCAAAGGACCCAGUCAACCCAAGGCACCCAAACCGUCGGCGGCCGAAGUGGAGCCAGACCACUUUGAGCUCCCCCCUGAGUCUGAUGAGGAGUACAUGGUGGUGGAGGAAGCCUCGUCCACGGCCGCCACGAUUAAGAAAUCAGGCCUGAGCCGCAUCGAGAGCUUCAAAUCUACCUUCUCCCGCGCGAACAUGACCAAGACGAAAGAGAACAUGAACAGCAAGGUUGGCCAGAUGGGUGAGCGCAUCGUAUCAACUGAGCGCCGGGAGAAGAUCCGCCAGUCCGGCGAGAGGCUCAAGCAGUCCGGCUCGCGGCUCAAGGAAUCUAUUGCCAGCCAUGUGCCAGCCAAACUGAAGAAGGAGAGGACUGUGGCGGAGGGCCAGGAGGGGGCCGAGGGGGUCACUGAGGGUGCCGCACCCAUCCCACCACCCAAGGGACGCAAAUCUGCAAGCCCUGACCUCGCCUACACGGAGGUGACCAAGGAGGCGGAGGAUGGAGAGGAUGAGGUACCGAUAAAUGAUAUCAAGCAGCUCUCCUAAAACAUCGGUCAAGGAAACUGAAAAACAACAACAUACAUAUUAUUUUUCCUUUUUUAUUUUAUUUUUAGGAUUGGCCUGUGACCCAUAGUCCCAGUAGUCCUGGUCCCAGAAACAGGCCAGUUAGGGUGUCAACACGAUGAGUUUAUAUAAUCCACACACUCCUGUAACAUUUGGAAGUCAUCUUUGUUUUGGGAAUUCAAGGAUUUAUAUAUAUAUUUUUUUUCUUCAUUUUUUCCUGUUUACAUUAGACAAGGACUUUCAAGUAAGUGUGCAAAACAAAUAACCGGAAAAGAAUUACAGCAAGUUUGUGGGAUUGGACAUUUUCUACAGACUAUCAACAUCUUCAUAAUCAACAUACUUACAACAUAACGGACAUUCAAUUGUCGUUAAUUUGCAUGUUGAAAGGCUGAAUAUGGGAUGUUAAGGCUAAACUAGUGAAAUGAUGGAAGUUGAAAUUGAGUUUUGGUAUGAAUGGUUUAAUUAAGGUUAAUGUUACAUAUGCAAAACAAUAACUUGACAGAGAAAUGUCUUGUGUGAAGGUAUGUGAAGAGUGAUGUGAUGAGCUUUAGGACUGAAUGAUGUCAAUUCAUGCCCGCCGAACCAGAAUUCAGUGAAUAGAUAACAUUUCUUGUGCAGUUUUUGCAGAGAAAAACUAAAAUCAGCUGUUGUCUGAUGAGUAAUGCAUAUAUAAACAUAUAUAACAAGUAUAUAUAAUUUCAUAGAAACAUUUGUUAAUUUCUAAAUUGGUCCUUUGUAGCUCAGUUGGUAGAGUAUGGCGCUUCUAACACCAGGGUAGUGGGUUCGAUUCCCGGAACCAGACAUACGUACAGUGUAUGCACGGAUGACUAAGAUAAAAGCUUCUGCUAAAUGGCAUAUAUUAUUAUAUGAAACGGUGGGUGAGGAAACUACUGUGCAUUAUGUCAAAUAUCUAUGGAUAUGACAUUUUUUUUAAUUUAAAAAAAAUUGCUAUACAAAUGGCCAGUAGGAACAGACAUUGUAAGUACAUCAUUUAACUCCCUAUGGACAUAAGCAGAUUCCUGAAUAUUUGCAUCUUCUGCUCAUUUAGUAUUGUUAAAUAUAUGAAGCCAUUUCUAGAUAUUUUUUUCUGUUAUAGUGUGAGUGAUUUGGCAUGACUAUAGAUAUUAUUUCAUGAAGUUGAGAGGAAUUCUCUUGAGUUUAUGCCACUUUACAUAUAUAGGAUGGAUUUUAAGCCUCUAUGCUGUUAAGGAGAGGUAACACAUUGUGCAUGUCAUUAUCUUAUUCAAUUGUCCAAUACUCUUGUUAACUGUAGAUUUUGUUUCUAUUCAAUGAACACAGUUGAAAAAGGUCUAAACUCAGUGCAGUACUACACUAACUGUUGCUAUGGUAAUCAUUUGCUACACGUCCAACAUAUGUUAAGAUAGUAGACAAGAUAGUAGUAGAAAGCUUUUGUUUUUUCCCAUAAAAUGUGUCGUAACAGCUUAUGACAACUACACUCGUAUUACAACACGCACAACCCAGUCAAGAGGUAUAGAACUGUGAAAAAAAAUUACUGGCGUCCUUGUUUGCUAUGCUCUGAUUUAUUACAUAAUUAUUAACAUUUUAUAAAAGGGUUAUUACUAUGAUGCUACACGAUGCUAUUCAAAUGCUUUUUGACAGGGUGAAGUGUUAGAGGGGUUGAUUUUAGUGGAUAAAUUGGAAUAGGGGAAACAUGUCAUAACAACUAUCUUUUCUACAGCACUUCAACAAAUAAAAUACCAGGAUAUGAUGAGUUAUUCAAAAACAAGAAUUUCUAUAUGACUUGUGCAUUGUUUACAUCUACUGUUAUUCUUUGAAAAUAUGUUUAAUAAAAAUUCCAAAUAUAGUAAUUUGGCUG